AUGGUGUUGCAAAUGACGAGUUACACCAGACCAAAAAAAGUGUGGGAUGGGCUGAAAAAAAGGGAUUUGGGAGUGGAUCGGGUGAGAACGGCUCGGCUUGCAACGUUAAAGAGAGAGCUUGAAAGUUUGCGCAUGAAGGAGGGUGAAAUGGUUGAUGAUUUUGUGACGAAAUUAUCCGGUCUAGCGUCAAAAGCAAGGAGUCUUGGAUAUGAGCUUGAAGAAGGUGAUUUGGUAAAAAGGUUACUAGAUUCGAUGCCUAAGUCGUUUCUUCAAAUCGUGGCUUCAAUAGAGCAAUGUUUCGAGUUGGAUUCAAUGUUAUUCGAUGAAGCGAUUGGUAGAUUGAAGGCAUACGAGGAGUGUAUAAGAGGAACCGAGAAAGUGGAGGACACUCAAGGUGGGUUAUUGUUGGCUAGUGAGGAAAAAUCACAUGUUUGUAAGCAUUGUGGCAAUGGACGUUCAAAUCGGGAUGACUUUGGACGUGACCGGGGAAGAGGUCGGGGGUCCGGGAGAAGUCGAGAUGGUAAUGAACGUGUUCGGGAUAAAAGUCACGUUAGAUGUUACAAAUGUGGUGACCUUGGUCACUAUAAAAACGAGUGUCCUAAAUGGGAAAAGGAAGAAGCGGGUCUAAUCAAAGAGGAAUCGAGAGUGUUUUGA